GCUGAAACGUCUGCGACUCCUACGCACCAACAUGGAUUCAUGACCUGUGAUCAACUCUGUUCCUUCAUUUUACACCUUUUCUAAGCUGAAUGGGCUACUUGGCUCUAUGAGUAGGUGUCUGUCGCCUUACUGAACAAACAGCAACACAACUAUUCCACUCUCUCUGCCUGACUCUGUUCUCCUUUGUCCAGAUGAGUCAAAACAACCCAAAAAUCUCCUCUUCCAACAACAUCUCCCCCCUCCAUCCGAAGCCUCAUUCCGCAAUACCCUCGCACCUCUUGAAUGGUGGAUCUCCUUUACACUCUCCCCCAACGACCAGUAGAGCCCAGGAACGCGAGAAUCUUGCCUCGUCUAUAAAAAGCACUUACGGGAGGAGAAAAACAAUAGAUCUCGGAGGGCCGCAAAGCCCUCCGAGAAACACGAGUAGUACGUCCUGGCUCGGACUUGUGGACGGUCCAAGCAACCACGAUGAGAAACAGCCUGUCAAGUCACACGAGCCGGCACGAGACGAACGUGAUGAAGCACCCAUGACCCCUCCUGCGUCUCUUUCUCGGCCGGCAAGCCCUUACACUCUGAACCCUCCUAUCGACUUCGACGGAUUGAGUUGGCCCUGCAUCGGCACACGCGAGAGGCGGGAGCAAACGCCAGAAGAAGCACAAGCCCGUCUUGACAAGCUUGCGGGCGCAGUGAGGACCAUUUUUGAAUGUAUCGGUGAAGACCCCGAGAGGGAAGGGAUCCGCGACACGCCGCAAAGGUAUGCCAAAGCGCUCAUGUACUUCACCAAGGGCUACGAGGAGAACGUGCGGGAACUGGUGAACGGCGCAGUCUUUCACGAAGAUCACGAUGAGUUGGUCAUUGUCAAGGACAUUGAAGUCUUCAGUCUGUGCGAGCACCAUAUGGUCCCCUUCACCGGCAAGAUGCACAUCGGGUACAUCCCCAACAAGCGAGUUCUCGGCCUAAGCAAGUUGGCGAGACUGGCAGAGAUGUUUUCUAGAAGACUCCAGGUCCAAGAACGGCUGACUAAGCAAGUGGCACUGGCGAUUGCAGAGGUACUGAAACCUCAAGGCGUGGCUGUUGUGAUGGAGAGCAGUCACCUGUGCAUGGUCAUGAGAGGGGUGGGAAAAACGCAGAGCAGCACGACGACAAGCUGCAUGCUCGGUGCCAUGAGAAGCAGUGCCAAAACGCGGGAGGAGUUUCUGACCCUCCUCAACCGCAAGUGAGGAACGAUGGAAGCCUGAUCUAUUCUCAGACCACCAGGAUAUGGUAUUGAAAGGGUAGGGCAGAUCAGUCAUCGAUUCAUUCAACAUAACAAUGAUAUCGCUCAACGUCGAUUGUCAUUUAUUUCAGGGCCAAUUUGGCCCGAUGGAUUCAACACACAUAGCGUGUCGCUCAACAUCGACGUCGUUUCCGGGGAUUCCGCAGAAGAGCAAAAGGUCGAGUUUUACCAGUUUAUGGCGAUAUUGCGCACACCAGUCAUGCUUGUUCCCUAUACAAGUUUUUACAUGUUGCGAUCACGGGCUCCCUUUGCAUCGAACACGUCGAGACCAGGAGGGAAGAGUCUCAGUGAGACACCACAUUACACUGCUUCAGACAGCUCCUGACAUUUCGGGCUUGGGCAGAAUACGGGUGUCACCGAGUCCUUGUGCCCCGUUUGCACCUUUGUGUACUAUAUAGUAUGAAGGGAUACCGACAAGGUACGCUUGAGCGGCCGACGGACAAUGUCGCUCUCGAGUUGUGCUGACCAAUUUCAAGAACUCAGUUACAGCACAUGGUUCUCUAAACAAGUCGAAGUUGUUCUGAAGAAAGUGAUUUUUGAAUACUAUGGAUCUACUCCGUAAUGCCAGAGGCAUCGACGGGAUUUAGCUAUGCAAAUACCUCAGGUAUGCAAG